CCAGGCAGCCGAAAGGGGAAUGAAUUUCGGGUGACCAGCUGGCAAUUUGUUUCCUUCCGUAGUCUUUAGAGUCAGCAAUGCAGAGGUGUUGGGACUUCUUCAGCUUCUUCGCCACCGUGUCGUUGGCGAUUUUGCUGUUCGGCAUCCGCAGUGCCCCGGUGCAUCACUCGAAUCCGGGAACUUCGACGCCCAAGUGCGGAUUCAGCGCCGUCGAAGAUGUUUUCGGAGCGUCGCCCUUCGCCGACAAGCAGAUAAUGGGUGGAAACUUUCUGCACAAAGUGAACAUUCCGUUCAAAAAGGCGACGUUCGCCUUGGGCUGCUUCUGGGCGCCCGACUCCAUCUACGGGGUGGUCAAGGGCGUGUUGCGCACCAGGGUCGGAUACACCGGCGGCACCAAAGUCAACCCUACGUACAGAAGCUUGGGAGAUCACACCGAGGCCAUUGACAUCGAUUUUGACCCAAACCAGGUCUCGUACGACAAGCUCCUGGAAGUUUUCUGGGCCAGCCACAACCCUACCUCCGCUUCAAGUAAACAGUAUUCCUCCUUCAUCUAUUAUCAUGAUGACGAGCAAAAGGCAAAAGCGACCGCCACCUUGAAGGCUGAGGAGGCAAAGUCCAAGAAAACCGUCCUCACCAAAAUCAUCCCCGCAACCCAGUUUUACGACGCCGAAGAUUACCACCAAAAGUAUCGAUUGCAGCAGCACCACGAGCUGACCAAGUUGCUGGGCCUGAAGACCACCGAGGACCUGGUGUCGUCGCACAUUGCGGCUCGGCUCAACGGCUACGUCGUCGGCCGCGCCAGUGUCAAGCAGUUUGACACGGAAGUUGCCGAACUGGGCAUCGACGAAAACCUGGCCAAGGAGAUCAGGAAGCUCAUUCAGAGGCAUGAAGGUCAAGGGCCUUUCUGCUAAAAAAACAAGUUAACAUUCUUCUCUAAUCUUAUUUAAAACCGCUUCUCGAGGAUGUACUUCAGAAAAUUAUAUAUUUACUAUGUGAUAGCCGAUUUCAUUUUUUGUGAAUCAAACAAAACUUGGAACGCUCAACUUUAUAAAUAAAAUCAAACCUCAAAGGUACAAGUAAAGAAA